AUGACCGCCACGAGAAGCGCAAGAGCUGGAACCCAUUUGCCAGGCGAGGGUCCCGCCUCUCCGGAGGAAGAGGAGAGAAAGCAGAAGGAGGAGAGCAGCCGGGUCUCCACCCGAGACCGCGAGAGGCGCGACAGAGAGAAGGCCGACGACGCGGGCAGGAGCAAGCGUACCCUGACGUCGUCCAGUUCCCGCGGCUCUUCGGUGCGCGGGGAGUCGUCGUCGGGCUCGGGGAUCGGGUCGCCCGCGCCCUCGCCCGGUAGCAGCCGCGGCACGACCACGGAGCGGCCGACCACGGAGCGAUCGGGCUCCGGCGUGUCCUUCCGGGCCAUGCGCGAGGAGAAGGCCGAACACGAACGCAAGGAGAGCGAACGCGAAGAGCGCGAGCGACGGAAGCUCAACCUGCACGACUCUGACGAUGACGACGAUCGGGUCAACGGAGAGCUUAGGGCCGCUCGUCGAAGCUCGGUCGCCACCACGGUGGACGCUCGCCGCAGGAAGACCUCGGAGAAGGACGUGGACGCGCUGCGGGCCGAGAAGCGGAGAUCCGAGCGGGGCUCGUCGCGGCACAAGCUCGACAAACCGAGCACCGAGGACAAGGCCAAGGCGCGGGAGGAGGUGGAGAAGAAGAAGCGGGAGCUGGAGCGAAAGAAGAAGGAGAUCGAGGAGCGGAUUGCCAAGAAGAAGGAGGAGAAGGAGCGGCGAGACAGAAGCGAGCGCGGCUCCGACCGCAGCGAGCGCCCCGAGCGGUCGGAGAGGUCCGAACGCAGUGAACGUAGUGAGCGGGCUGAGCGAAGCGAGAGGGCCGACAGGGAGGAGCGCGAGCGGGAGGCCCGCGUGCGGGAACGAGACCGGAGGGAUCGGGAGGAGCGCGAGCGCGAGGAGAAGGAGCGGAGGGACCGAGAGGAGCGCGAAGAGCGCGAGAGGCAGGAGCGGGAGGAGCGCGAGAGGCUGCGCGAGCGGGAGGAGACCGAGCGCCGGGAGCGCGAGCGGAGGGAGAGGGAGGAACGCGAGGCCCGGGAGCGCGAGGAGCGCGAGCGGCGGGACAAGGAGGAGGCCGAGCGGAGGGAGCGCGAGGAGCGCGAGCGGCGGGCCAAGGAGGCCAGGGACAAGGACGCGGAGAGGAGCGACGAUGACAAGCUAAAGAAGACCGUCGUCAGCAAGAGAGUGCCCCUGGAGAGAAAGGAGUCGAUGGUGGACUCGUGGGCCAAGAAGCAGAUGGCGCUCCUCAAGGAGAAGAAGGACCGGGAGAAGGAGAAGAAGGACCGGGAGAGCCAGGACUUUGCCCGCGACAACGGCGCCCGAGACAGCACCAGCGAGAGCGAGGAGAGCAGCGAUGAGGUCAGCCUGCGACCGACGACGAGCUCCGACCGACUGCCGUCGACGCCCACGAGCCCCACGGCCGCCUCGGCGGCUGCCGCGGCCGCGGCCCUGUCCGGCCUCACAUCGUCGGCGUCGAUGGCGGCCACGACGAAGGACAAGAAGAAGCUCGAGCGGGAGCGCAAGGAGAUCGAGCGCAAGGAGAAGAAGAAGCUCGAGAAGGAGAUGAAGGAGAAGGCCAAGGAGGAGAAGCGGAAGGAGCGGGAGAAGGAGAAGGCCGAGCGGGCCAAGAAGGGCAAGGACAAGGAGAAGAAGGCCGCGUCGGGCCUCGCCUCCACCAAGCCCGACCAGGACGACCUGCCCCACACCGGAUCCCAGCAGAUUAUCAAAAAGGCCGCGCCGAACGCUGCGGCGAGCGGUGGCGCCUCGACCACCGUCGUCAAGAAGCCGCCCACCGUGGGUCGUUCGCGCGGCAAGGGUCCCUCCACCCGUCCGUCCCUGCUCGACUCGGCCCUCUCCAGCGCCAUGGUGCCCGGCCAGGGCGGCAGCGGCAGCGGCGCCGCUGGUGGUAGUGGCGCCCCCAAGAUCACCAGGAGCGCCGAGGAGAAGUCGCGUAUGCUGGGCACCCAUCUCAUCCAGAUGAGCGUACCCAACAUCAAGCGGAAGGGUCCGACGUUCAUUCCCGGCUUCAAUCCAUUCCCCACGAACGGCCCUCGCUACCAGCAGGCGACGGCUACCCCUGCGGCUGCUCCCGUCGCGGUGCCGGCCACCAACGGCGACGCCAAGAAGGACGUGAGCAAGGACGCCAAGGGAUUCGCCCGCGCCCUGCUCGACUUUGACAGGCCCAAGGCCAACCCCAACUCCCUCCUCACGCGCCAGACGGGCUGGGGAAGGGACGCCCGCGGCACUAUCCGCGAGGUCCCAGCGAGCCGCCGCGGUCAGCUGCAGUCGAUGAAGGCCGACCGGUUCUGGUUCUCCACCAUCAACUUUGCCAAGGCGCGCGACGAGGGCGUCGUCAAGGCCAAGGUCGACUCGCUGGAGACCCAGCUGUCGCUCAAGUGGGACGACUUCAUCGCGUCGCUGCCCGCCGUCUCCCGGCCCGGCCACAAGAAGGUGCGCGACGGCUACGACGCCGCCGGCGUCGAGAAGCUCGAGAACCAGGGCGCGGCCAUCGUGUCGGCCCUGAAGCUGACGGCCGGCACCGCACGCGGCGCCGAGGCCAAGGGCGGGCCGGAGCCCGGCAAGAAGGAGGUCGCCCUCCCGUCCUACCUGCGCGAUUUCACCGGCGACGAGGACGACUCCGACGCCAAGAAGAAGCACGAGGACACGCGCGCCAAGAAGUACGCCGUCGACAUGUUCCUCACGGCCAAUCCCAACAUCGGUAAUCCCAUCCUGCCUCUCUUUUCAGAGCUUCAA